AUGUCUUUCCUCACCAAGACCCUUUUCGCCGCUCUCGUCGCCGCUGCCGGUGUCAGUGCUCACGGCCACGUCGAGUCCAUCUCCGUUGGUGGCACUGACUACGACGGUCUCAACCCCGGUGCCGCUGCCAACGAGAACCCCCGCAAGGAGCUCGUUGCCUGGUUCGCCACCAACACCGACAACGGUUUCGUUGAGCCUUCCGCCUUCGGUGAUGCCGACAUCAUCUGCCACCGCGGUGCCGAGAACGCCGUCAAGUCCGCCAAGGUCAAGGCCGGUGAGAAGAUCACCAUCAAGUGGGACACCUGGCCCGAGUCCCACAAGGGUCCCGUCAUCGACUACCUCGCUUCUUGCGGUGCUGAGGGAUGCGCCAAGGUUGACAAGGAGAGCCUCAAGUUCUUCAAGAUCGCCGAGGCCGGUAUGACCUCCGGUGGCAACUUCGCCUCUGACGACCUCAUUGCCGCUGGCAACUCCUGGGAGGUUACCGUCCCUACCUCCAUCAAGAGCGGUAACUACGUCCUCCGUCACGAGAUCAUCGCUCUCCACGCCGCUGGCCAGGAGAACGGUGCCCAGAACUACCCCCAGUGCUUCAACCUCGAGGUUGAGUCUUCCGGCUCCGACGAGCCCGAGGGUGUUGCUGGCACCAGCCUCUACAAGGCUGACGAUGCCGGUAUCAAGUUCGACCUCUACAGCAACCCCACCAGCUACCCCAUCCCCGGUCCCAAGCUGAUGUCCGGUGGCUCUUCCGGCUCUGCUCCUUCCACCCCCGCUACCCCCAGCACUGGCUCCGGCUCUGACUCUCCCGCUCCCUCCGCCACCCAGGCUCCCGCUGAGUCUGCUGCCCCCGUCGAGUCUGCUCCCGCUGCCGGUAACGACAACAACAACGGUGGUUCCGCUCCCGUCGAGACCUCCCCCGCUGCUCCCCAGCCCACCAAGACUGGCUGCAAGGCCAAGAAGGCCCGCCGUCACGCCCGUGACAUGCUCAACUAA